AUGUUCAACCGGCUUCAAAGGGACCAGAUCUUCCCAAGGUCAGCCUUUGAGGGGCCAAAUCUCCCCAAGUUUCAACCAGCUUCAGUGGGUUCUGAGGGGCCAGACCUUCCCAAGGUUCAACCAGCUUCUGAGGGGCCAGAUCUUCCCAAAAUUCAAACAACUUCUGAGGGGCCAGAUCUUCCCAAGUUCCAACCAGCUUCAAAGGGGCCUGAUCCUCCCAAGGUUCAACCAGCCUUAAACUUCUGGGGGCAAGUUCUAUCCAAGGUUCAACCAGCUUCAAAGGGGCCAGCUCUUUCCAAGGUUCAAACAGCUUCUGGGGGGCCAGCUCUUCUAAAGGUCCAACCAGCUUCAAAGGGGCCAGCUCUUCCCAAGGUUAAAACAGCUUCUGAGGGGCCAAUUAUUGCCGAAUUUCAACCAGCUUUUGAGAGACCAGAUAUUCCCGAGGUUCAACCAGCUCUAGCAGGGCCACCAACUACCCAGGUUCAACCGGCUUCUGAGAGGCCAACACUUUCCGAGGUUGAAACAGCAACUGAGAGGCCAUGGAACUCCCCAGAUUCAACCAGCUUCUGA